CUGAAAAAUAACCCAUUCCUCUCUGUAUCAGUCAAUAACGUGGGUGUCUCCGUACACAACUCAAAGUUGUGUGAACGGUCACUGUUUACCAUUCAAUAUCAAAUCUUUAACACAGAAAAAAAAAUCUUGUUUCUUAAAAAGAAAAGGAAAAAAAAUCAAAAUCUUCAAAAAGAAACUCGGGCCGUCUACCUGUCCAGUGGACCUCUCUUCAAACCCCAAUUAAGAUCCACCAUCAUACCAAUCUAGCCGAAAACUUCCAAAACCCAAAUUGUUAAACCCUAAUUCCCCAAUUCUGCAUCAUUGUUUGCAAUCUUCAAAUUAAAAUCCUGUUUUCUCAUUUAUACACUCGCUUACUGUUAAAAAGUUUCAAUCCUUUUAUUUUAUUUUUUCAAUAUUCUGUAAUAAAAAAAAGGGAACUUUGUGAUUGGUUUUUUUGUGAGAGACUGAGAGUGAAUUAAAUUAUGGAGAUUGACAGAGAUGAUGGUCGUUCACCAAGCCAGUUAAGACCUCUCUCUUGCUCUCACAAUGUACUUCACCGUGCCCAUGGCUCUGCUAGUUGGUCUCAAGGAGAUACAAAGGUUUUAGCUGGUUAUGGACCUAAAGCUGAAAAGAAGAAUGAGAACCCUGAGAAGGCUUGUGUUGAAGUUAUUUGGAAGCCUAAAACAGGACAAAUUGGAAAACUGGAAAGGGAAUAUGAGAUGAUAUUGAAGAGGACUUUGCAAAGUAUCUGCAUUUUGACUCUCAACCCAAACACCACAACAUCAAUUAUAGUUCAGUUUGUGAAUGAUGAUGGCGCUCUUCUAGUCUGUGCCAUAAAUGCAGCAUGUGCUGCCCUUGUAGAUGCUAGAAUUCCUAUGAAGCAUCUUGCGGUUGCAAUAUGUUGUUGUUUGGCUGAUGUUGGAUAUGUUAUAUUGGAUCCUACCAAGUUGGAAGAGCAGAAAAUGAAGGGAUUUGCAUAUUUAGUCUUCCCAAACUCUGUUCUCUCAGUUAUACUAGAAGGAUCAUCACUUGUGGAAGGUGAAUCCACGGAACAUGGAAUCAUCACCUCUGUCACCCAUGGUGUAAUGCCAGUGGAAGAAUAUCUCAAAUAUGUAGAACGAGGGCGUGCAGCCAGUGCAAAAUUGUCUGAUUUUCUUAGAAAGAGCUUGCAAUCACAACUCUCAAGCGACUCAUCUAAAGCUGCAUGAUUUCAAAUAUGCUGGAAAUACUCCAUACUGUCCCCAGUUCGUUCAAAGAUUAGCUAUCCUUGUUUCAACUCCAUGCGAGGAAUACUGGCAGCUGAACUCAACAAGUAUACACCUGACACGAAAUACACUGUAAUGUUUGUGUUGUGCGUUUUUCAGUCUUCUUGAAUUCUAACCUAGUUUUUUAGGAAUACUUGCUUCUAUCAAAACAAAAGGUUCAGUGUCUUUUGUUUAUAGGCAACUUGUUUUCCCUUAUAAUUUAACUUGUUUAUUCGUGGGAUUUAUACAUUAAAGAUACUGAGCUUUUUUUUUUCCCCUGGGAAAGCAUAUAUUUAUUCCUCGGAGAUUUCGAUUUUUUCA